AUGCCUCUUGGUGCCAAUGGCGUACCUCUCGUCCUAGAGAGAAAGGCACCACAGGCAUGCGUAACAUGUAAAAAACAAAAAAGAAAGUGCGAUAAAGUACUUCCGAAUUGUGGUCUCUGCUUUAGAAUGCAGCGACACUGCGAUUACACUGAACAAACUCCUGCUCCUACGGCUGAGGAUAUCAAUGCUUUACGCAUGAAGUUAGUUGAACUUGAAUCUAAAGUUAAUGGAGGUAAUAUGCAUGCACCUUAUGCUACACCUUCGGGCCCAAUUUCCAGUGGCCCUGAAUAUAUGCAACCACAUUUGCCUGCAUAUGUAGAUCCACAAGAAAGUCCCUUCAAUAACAUACAAAAUAAGUUCCCUGUUAUGGCUGUUCUUGAUAAUGAAAUUUUCAGGAAUGAAGGGCAAGUUCUACCUGUACCUAGACCUGCGGUGAACCCGCCACCAGAAGUCAAUCAAAUGUUGGCAACUGGACUCCCCAUACCUGCUGUUAUCUUAGAAUAUUUUGGGACUAUUCACCACUGUCUUCCUAUAAUAUCUCAUAACAGGUUAGAACGAAUGCUCACUACUUCCCCGUGGGAUAAUGGUGCCGACUUAUCUUUGCUAUUCCUUUGUAUGAAGCUCAUCACAUCCAAGCCAGUAGAUGGCCAAGAAUGUCGCCAAAACCCCAUGUACAUUGCGGCAAAACGAUUCGUUGCAUUGUUGGAAGCUUCUGGAAUGGUAUCAUUGAUCUUAUUGCAAGCUAGCAUUCUUAUUACUCUUUUCGAGUAUGGACAAGCCAUAUAUCCAGCAGCAUGGAUGUCUGCUGGUUGGUGUUCUCGUUAUGCUAUUUUAUUAGGCAUCAAUGGUUUUGACACCUCUCCUCAAUUGAUCGGUCCUGUUGAUACCUGGACUGAGCAAGAAGAACGACAUCGUACUUGGUGGGGCGUUCUUAUACUUGAUAGAAUGGUCUCCAUAGGAAGCAAAAGUCAUCUCUUGACCACUCAAGAACCAAAAGAAGAAGAUCCGUUGCCUGUUGAUGAUAUUGCCUGGGAUAACGGCGACAUGACACAAACGGUUCAGAGAUCUGUAUCUACUUCGCUCACUGAAUCUGUAACACCAUUUGCUCGCCUAUGCCAAGGAUCUGUGCUGUUGGGAAAUGUUCUCCGUCACCAUUAUACCGAAAAAAUUCCGUCGGAAACAGCUCGUUUUGAUAUCGCAUAUCAACUCUUCGAAAGCUGUUCUGUUCUCGCUCGUGAAGUCAAUGAAGAAGCGGUCGCCUCUAGAGAUUAUCUCAUGUUAGCAACACCUCUUGCUAUUAUUUACAGCGCAAUCAUAGCUCUCCUUGAUCCCUAUUCCCGUCCCGCAGAUGGGUCAUGCAGCGCAGCAACUUCGUCCGAGAAAGGAGUCAUGAUGAAUCAAGCCAUCAAAGGCCUCCAAGAUUUCUCACAAAGCGUGGUUCAAUUUGCAGAGUGCAUUAACAGCCAAGCUCAGACACAACAAGAUCUUGAUAAAGUUAGUCCAUUAAUAAUGGAUUCUUUGUGGGCAGCAGGCCAGCAUUACAUGUGGGCGUGGAAAGAAAGUCGCAAUCCACAAUCACAAGAGGCGUUGGAAAUCAUCCGAAAUUGUUUGAGAAGAUUUCAAACUAGAUGGAGAAAUGCGGCAGAGUAUUUGAGGAUCUUUGAUGGUCAAGAAUUUGGACAAUUUACUUCUGCGCUUGGGAGUGCUAAGCAGAUUAGUGGUAGUGGUAGUGGUAGCGGUAGUUAA